AUGAUGGGCAACCCCGCCACAAUGCCCGGGAUGCAAAUGGCGGCGGGCGGCGGCGUGGCCAUCGGCGGUGCGGGGGGGCCCGUGCGGCACGGCCAGCAGCAGCAGCAGUUGGUGCAGCUGCAGCAACAGCAGCAGUUGCUGCAGCAGCAGCAGCAGUUGGCGCAGCAGCAGCAGCAGCAGCAGUGGCAGCAGGGAGGCGCGGUUGUGAUGGGUGGCGGAGCCGGCGUCCCCGGAGUGUACGGGGCCGGCGGCUAUGGCGGCGCCGCCCAGGCGGCUGGAGGGUUUGGCGGCCUGCAGGCAGGCGGUGUCGUCGCAGGCGGCUAUGGCGGUGGCGUCGUCGCACAGGGCGGCGCCGCGGGCUAUGGCGGCGGUGGCGGCGGCGGCGCGGUCGUGUAUGGCGGCGCUGUGCAAGGCGGCGGGGGCGGCGGCGGCGGCGGCGGGGGCGGCGGCGGCGGUGGCGGUGGAGGCGGCUCGAAAGGCGGCCGGAGGCGCGGGAACCGCGGAGGCCAGCGCUACGCCCCGUACUGA